AUGAAGCCCAUCCAGCAGGAGGUGCUGCCCCUCGCCCUGGCUGGCCACGAUAUCAUCGCCACCGCCCCCACUGGCUCCGGCAAGACCCUGGCCUUCUUGGUGCCGGCGCUCACGCGCGUGACGGAGGUGCGAUCUGGGAGCCGGAGCUCAGGCAUCGGGCCCAUCGCCCUCGUCCUGGCUCCCACGCGCGAGCUGGCCAUCCAGAUCGCCUCCGUGGCAGAGAGGUUGACGAAGACUGGCACUCGCAAGGACCACGUGUCCGUGGCUGCGAUUUAUGGAGGUGCCCGCAGGAUGGACCAGCUCGCGAGCCUGAGGCGGCAAGGCAAUGUGCAACUGCUGGUGGCCACAGUGGGGCGGCUCCUGGAUUUCAUGCGCGACGCCCAAGGCAUCAAUCUACGAAGGUGCUCCUUCCUAGUUCUCGAUGAGGGGGAUCGAAUGCUGGACGAUGGCUUUGAAGACGAGGUGGCCAUGAUUGGCCGGGAGGCGCGGCGCGAGAAGCAGGUCCUGUUCUUCUCCGCUACCUGGCCACCCUCGGUGGAGCGCGCGGCCCUACGCUUGUGCCGGGGGUCAGCGCUGCGCAGAGUGGCGCUGGAACUGGCACAGGUCCAGGAGGACCUAAUUCCCAGUGCCGAAGACACAAACGUCUCGCUGCCGCCGAGUGGCAUCCAGCAGAUGGUGGAGGUCUGCAACCAUCGGGCCAAGCUUGCCAUCCUGUUGGACCACCUCCGCGCGGCGAACCUUCAGAAAUCUCUGCGCCAGGGAGGAGGCAAAGUGCUGGUUUUUGUCCAGAGACGUGCUUCAGCGGACGACCUCGCGGCUCUCAUUGCUGACGAGUUCGGCCAGACAUGUGGGGUGAUGCAUGGUUUGCGCAGCCAAGACCAACGCGAGGCCACUCUCAGCAAGUUUCGCGCUGGCCAGAUCAGGGUCCUGAUUGCCACGGACGUCCUCGGGCGGGGCGUCGACAUCCCCGACGUCAGCCUGGUCUUCAUUUAUGACUUUCCGGGGGAUAUCGAGACGUAUGUGCAUCGUGUAGGCCGCACCGGGCGCAACGGCCAAUGCGGCCGUGCAGUGUCGCUUUUUGAGCCCCAGGAGUGGAAUGCCUUCUUGGCUCGCGAGCUGGUGGAAGUCCUGGAUGCCUGCCACCAGGAAGUGCCUCCGGAGCUUGAGAGGGCUGCGGAGUCCGGCAAGACUCAGACGGGCGCGAAGAAGUUGCCAGAACUCGACGCGCAAAGUCCUCCCAUGGCCUCUGCCCACGAGCUCCUGGACUGGGACGCCUCGGGGAGGCGGUGCUGGAGCUACUCCUUCACCGGGGCGUCGGAGCAGGGGAGGAUGGAGUUCCGAAGCCAAGGUCACCUGCGAACAACCUGGGGUUGGGGAGACUGGAAGCUCAUUCAGGCAGGAGCCAAGACACACAUGGCCGUGAGCUGGAGUGGCAUCACCGACGUGUUGGAGCUUACUGAUCCUGGAUCCUUUCAGCUCGUGUCUCGUAAUGGCAGGCAUGCUAGCACAUUUAAGAAGAAGACCACGGGACACGUCUUGCUGGACGUCGAGAUGCUGCAGUAG